GCAAGGUGCAAGUAAAGCGAAUGAACUAACGGAGGACAGAUCGAGCCCUUACCGGAGCUACCGGGAGGCAGCAGAGAUACAAAGCGAGUCCAAGCAGCGCGUCCCGGAGAAGCCGAACCAAGAAACGGGUCUGCUGUGCGCCAACCUCAGGAGGAACCAAGCGAUGCGAGCGCAGCUCACCGCCGCCCAGUAACAAACUAAAACCAACGAGAUCCGAAAAAGGGACGGAGGUUCACCGUCAGGAGACGCAAGGAAGAAGGGACAAGAAGCCAGCUGCGGUGGCUCCACCGUGCUGCUUUCCGCGCUGUGGAUCAAACCGAGAGGAUCGCUGAGUUAAUGCUUUAACGGAGCCUCUGCGCCCGGCUUGAGAGAGGGAGCUGCCCUGAGAGAAGCAAAGGGAUCGAAGGCAGAGCGCAGAAAAGGUGGAAAUACGUUCCUAAAAUUGAAAGGAUCUGUGAUCAGAUUUCUCCAACCUUCUUAAAAUCAAUCCACUGAUCGGGUUAUCGUGGAGCCUUGUACCCCUACCGCCAUCAAGCUGUGUUCUCUAACCAUGGGAUGUACCCUGAGCGCAGAGGAGCGGGCGGCUCUGGACCGGAGCAAAGCCAUAGAGAAGAACCUGAAGGAGGACGGACUGACUGCGGCCAAAGAUGUCAAACUGCUGUUGCUCGGGGCUGGAGAGUCAGGGAAAAGCACCAUCGUCAAACAAAUGAAGAUUAUCCAUGAGGACGGCUUCUCUGGUGAUGACGUAAAGCAGUACAAGCCUGUCGUCUACAGCAACACCAUCCAAUCUCUGGCUGCCAUCGUCCGCGCCAUGGACACGCUGGGUCUGGAGUACGGAGACAAAGAACGCAAGGUCAGAAGAAUGCUUUACAAAAUGUGUCGUCCAUGCACACACACUGCAAAAU